GGCGGCGGCGGCCGGGGAGGCCCAGAGGCCGCGGUGCGGUCACUGCGAGCCGAGCCGCGCCGAUCGCCGUAGGUCCCCGGCUCUCGCAGGCUCUUCCGGCCGGGGGCGCGGCCCGGCGGGCCCGGCAGCACUGCAGCUCAUGGAGCUCGAGAACAUCGUAGCGAAUACGGUGCUACUCAAGGCCCGGGAAGGCGGUGGUGGCAAUCGCAAAGGCAAGAGCAAGAAAUGGCGGCAGAUGCUCCAGUUCCCCCACAUCAGCCAGUGUGAGGAGCUACGGCUCAACCUUGAGCGAGACUACCACAACCUGUGUGAACGGCAGCCCAUUGGGCGCCUGCUUUUCCGAGAGUUCUGUGCCACAAGGCCUGAGCUGACCCGCUGCACUGCCUUUCUGGAUGGGGUGGCUGAGUAUGAAGUGACCCCUGAUGAGAAGAGGAAGGCAUGUGGGCGGAGGCUCAUGCAGAAUUUUCUGAGCCACACGGGUCCUGACCUCAUCCCCGAAGUCCCUCGGCAGCUGGUCACUAACUGUGCCCAGCGGCUGGAGCAGGGGCCUUGCAAAGACCUCUUCCAGGAGCUGACCCGGCUGACCCAUGAGUACCUAAGCGUGGCCCCUUUUGCCGACUACCUCGAUAGCAUCUACUUCAAUCGUUUUCUGCAGUGGAAAUGGCUGGAAAGGCAGCCAGUGACCAAAAACACCUUCAGGCAGUACCGAGUCCUGGGCAAAGGUGGCUUUGGGGAGGUGUGCGCCUGCCAGGUGCGGGCAACAGGCAAGAUGUAUGCCUGUAAGAAGCUGGAGAAGAAGCGGAUCAAGAAGCGGAAAGGGGAGGCCAUGGCACUCAACGAGAAGCAGAUCUUGGAGAAAGUGAACAGUAGAUUUGUAGUGAGCUUAGCCUACGCUUAUGAGACCAAGGACGCAUUGUGCCUGGUGCUGACGCUGAUGAACGGAGGGGACCUCAAGUUCCACAUCUACCACAUGGGCCAGGCUGGCUUCCCUGAAGCACGGGCUGUCUUUUAUGCCGCUGAGAUCUGCUGCGGCCUGGAGGACCUGCAUCGGGAGCGCAUUGUCUACAGGGACCUGAAGCCGGAGAACAUCCUGCUGGAUGACCACGGUCACAUUCGCAUCUCUGACCUGGGACUGGCUGUGCAUGUGCCUGAGGGCCAGACUAUCAAGGGUCGUGUGGGCACCGUGGGCUACAUGGCUCCAGAGGUGGUGAAGAACGAGCGUUACACGUUCAGCCCCGACUGGUGGGCUCUGGGCUGCCUGCUGUAUGAGAUGAUCGCCGGCCAGUCGCCCUUCCAGCAGAGGAAGAAGAAGAUCAAGCGGGAGGAAGUGGAGAGGCUGGUCAAGGAGGUGCCCGAGGAGUAUUCCGAGCGCUUCUCCCCACAAGCCCGCUCACUCUGCUCUCAGCUCCUCAGCAAAGACCCCGCCGAGCGCCUGGGGUGCCGUGGGGGUGGCGCCCGGGAAGUGAAGGAGCACCCCCUUUUCAAGAAACUGAACUUCAAGAGGCUGGGAGCUGGCAUGCUGGAGCCCCCCUUUAAGCCAGAUCCCCAGGCUAUUUAUUGCAAGGAUGUUCUAGAUAUUGAACAGUUCUCCACAGUGAAAGGGGUGGAGCUGGAGCCCACGGACCAGGAUUUCUACCAGAAGUUUGCCACCGGCAGCGUGCCCAUUCCCUGGCAGAAUGAGAUGGUGGAGACUGAGUGCUUCCAAGAGCUGAAUGUCUUCGGGCUUGAUGGCUCAGUUCCCCCUGACCUGGACUGGAAGGGCCAGCCACCUGCACCCCCUAAGAAGGGACUGCUACAGAGACUCUUCAGUCGCCAGGAUUGCUGUGGGAACUGCAGCGACAGCGAGGAAGAGCUCCCCACCCGCCUCUAGUCCCCAGGCCGAGGCCCCCACCGGCGGUUGGCGGUAGCAGCUCUUUCCAGUGCUGUUUACAAUUUUGCACAGUGGUCUCCCCCAUCGCCCACUCGAGUUGUGGCCGGGGAACGUAGCCGGAGCUGUCCUGCGUCCUCUGCCCCUCAGCCCAUGGCCUGGCUGAGUUUGGCAAGGUGUGGGUCAUCCCUGGGACAAAGGUGCGUCCCUUCAGCUCUCCUCUGCGGAGUGCGGGGCUUUCUGUAUUUAUGUAUUUGUACGAAUGUAUAUAGCAACCAGAACGUUCUGAACUCCCAACAGGAAGUUGGCACCCUGGCCUCAGCUCCCUGGGACAGCCAGCCUUUGCUGGGAGAGCUGGAGCUGGGGCAAGAGCCACUGCCAAACCUGAGGUUUCUCAGGCCCAGCCUGGAUGAACUGAGGCUUAGCCAGGACACAGCAUUGCACUGGCCAGGACUGACCUCGAGACGCACGCCUGCCCUUGCUGCCUUGGGCUUAGGCCACCUUCUGGGGCCCAGUGCUCCACACUUGUCAGAGCUGGAGUUAAGGUGUCUGUGUCUCUUAUGCCUGUGCUAAAGCAAGAGAUCAGGUGGACUGUAGGACCCAUCGGACCACUGCCCAAGCUGUCCCUCUGCCUUUCAACUCCCAGGACACCCUGUCCCUCAGCCUGGGCCUUGUCCCGAAGACAUCGUUCAGUAAUGUCCUGGUCCAGGCCAUCUGAGGGGAUAGGGGUAUCCCUGGCCCAUGCUCCAACAUUCCAGAAUACUCCCUCAUAACAGUAGAGACACGUGCCCAGCAAUAAUCCUUCCCUCCCUAUGUGUGCUUGUGGCAAGUGUGUGUGGGUGGGUGGAUGCCUGCGUGUGUGU